AUGGCUUCAGCUGCAACAGCGCCACAGCCCGAUGCUGAACUCUCCAUACCGCCUCUCUUCACUACUGAACCUCUCAUCCGCGAUAGCCUACCCACGGAGUCAUCGCGUGUCCAGGAUGCAACGAUAGACGAAGUCCUACCUUAUCUUCAAGGCGAAGAAUUCGACUACUGCAACUCCCACGGCCUGCCCCAUCUGGACCGUCGCCUCCAUGUAAAGUUUUUGCAUAAGCAACUGGGAAAACUGCCCGCUGCUUUCACAUCCGCCGACCCCAGUCGGCCCUGGUUCUUCUACUGGUGUCUGUCUGCUCUUGUUCUCCUAGGAGAGGAUGUCACGGAGUACCGUCAGAGACUUGUCGAUACCGUCCGACCUAUGCAGAAUCAAGAUGGAGGCUUCGCUGGCGGAUUCGGACAUACCUCGCAUCUCGCCACAUCCUAUGCAACCGUUCUGUCGCUGGCCCUGGUCGGCGGUGAAGACGCCUACGAGGUCAUCGACCGUCGAGCAAUGUGGAGAUGGCUAUGCUCACUCAAGCAGCCCGAUGGAGGGUUCCAGAUGGCACUCGGCGGCGAGGAGGACGUCAGGGGGGCUUACUGCGCGGCCGUCAUCAUAUCGUUACUCAAUCUACCUCUUGAGCUAUCACAGGACUCUCCUGCACGAUCCGCUGGCCACACUGGCCUGUUCACUGGGCUUGCAGACUAUGUACACCGAUGCCAAACGCACGAGGGAGGCGUGUCGGCAAAGCCGGGCAUCGAAGCACAUGGUGCAUAUGCCUUUUGCGCUCUCGGAUGCCUCUCGAUUCUUGAUUCUCCACAUCGUUCCAUCCAGAGGCAUCUCAAUGUUCCACUGCUUAUCUCUUGGCUGUCUUCGCGACAGUACGCCCCGGAGGGUGGCUUCUCAGGUCGUACCAAUAAACUAGUCGACGGUUGCUACAGUCACUGGGUCGGAGGAUGCUGGCCCCUCAUCGAGGCUGCACUCAACGGACCCGGGUCCGGCCCUGGAGGGGAAGAGGCCAAUUCAGGCGGCCACGCGCUCCCUGCGGCCAAGGGUAGCCUUUUCAGCCGUGACGGUUUGAUCCGCUACAUCCUUUGUUGCUGUCAAGACCAGUCUAAGCGGGGUGGUCUCAGAGACAAACCGAGCAAGUACUCCGACGCCUACCACACAUGCUAUGUACUUUCUGGCUUGAGCGCAGCGCAGCACAAGUGGAACUUGGAUGUUGCUCGACCUCACGAGGCAGAUGUGACAGGUGACUCGUGGUCUGUGACACCGUAUAUGGAUGGCGAACAGAUCUUUGAUGAGGAGGAUCGAGUUGCUACCGUGCAUCCCGUCUACGUUAUUCCGCAGCAUAAAGUGGAGGCCAUGCAGAGUUACUUUUCGUCCAAACAUGGCUUCUAG